AGAACCAUGGCGGAAGUUACCGCAAAUAAUUUCUUGUUCCUGGCGUUUGCUCUCAUUUUUCUUCCUCUCGCAGCGUCUUCUGUUGAAUGGACAGCACCUCCUCCUCAGUGGACUCAGACGAAUCCAAAUGAUAUUAGAACAGUUAACAUGUCAGUGUUGAAAGGAAGUACUCAGAUGCCUCUGCGGUGGGAUUACACUCUGUCACCUGGUUCAGAUCUGCGAAACACCCAAUUUUCCAUUGAUGAUGACAUCAUCGAUGAUGAUAUUGGAAAUAUUUUUCACUCUGAUGGUAAAGUAACAGUAUUUGACAGAAAUGAUUACACAACACGUUUUAACAUCAGUAAAACUGAAGUGGCCACCUUGAUAAUAAACCAAGUCACUGAAAGAGAAGAAGCAGUUUACCAAUGCCAGCUUGAAACAGUGACAAGCACAUGGAGAUACAGAAUACGUGUCAUUGUUACAGGUUGUUUAGCGGUAAGCCAGGCAAACAAACGAUCUGCGGCCAUGCUCCACGUGAGGCGUCGCUGGUGGAGAUGGUACGGGGCGCUAGAGGACCUAGAGUUUGAUCGACGUCUAGCUCUGCCUCUAGCACUGGUGCCACAGCUUCGGACAUUGCCUGCAACUGGAGGCCUGUACUCAAAUAACAUUGCACGCUCCGAAGCAGCGGACGAAGCGAUCGGUGGUGCACUGUUUGCGAAGCCAGCAGGCAAAUUUGAAGCAGCAGAAUUCGGCUAUGACAUUGAAGCUGCUCUUCCCAAAUGUUCGGCCGUCUGA